UUAAUCCUACAGUCUCUGGUUUAAUCCACCAUCCUUUCUGACGUCCAGUGAUUUGCUUAUGGUUUUACCAGAGAGUACGAAAAGGAGUCAUUACCGCUUCUGAUCGUUGUGAGGGCUUUGUAGUUGCAGGACUCCGGAAGACUCCGGUCACGCCUUCCAUCGGGUGCUCUUGUCAAGUGUCAGGACUCUUUUGAAGACGCGAAAAUGUCAGACAACGGCGGUGCUACAGUCGGCCUGUUGUCUUACGAGACCCUUGUACAUGCGGUUGCGGGCGCGAUGGGCAGCAUGACUGCGAUGAGCGUGUUCUUCCCGCUGGACACAGCCCGUAUACGGUUGCAAGUGGACGAGAAGCGAAAGUCUCAAUCGACCCCUAUCAUCCUGGCUGAGAUCGCAAAGGAGGAAGGGAUCCUGUCUCUGUACCGCGGCUGGUUUCCCGUCAUCUCCAGCCUCUGCUGCUCCAACUUUGUGUACUUCUACACCUUCAACUCCCUGAAGAGGAUGUGGGUGACGGGUGGUGUCCAGUCCAGGCCCAGCAAAGACCUGUUCAUGGGCUUCAUCUCCGGUGCCGUAAAUGUGCUCCUGACCACGCCCAUGUGGGUGGUCAACACCCGUCUCAAACUGCAGGGGGCCAAGUUCCGGAAUGAGGACCUGCACCAGACUCACUACAAGGGCAUAUUUGAUGCCUUCUCCCAGAUCAUUGCGAAUGAGGGCGUGUCCACACUGUGGAAUGGGGUGCUCCCCUCACUGGUCCUGGUCUUUAACCCCGCCAUGCAGUUCAUGUUCUAUGAAGCCAUGAAGAGGAGGGCAGGGCGGGGGGGCAGGAAGAUUUCUUCGACAGACAUCUUUUUGAUCGGGGCGGCAGCCAAAGCCAUCGCCACCACAGCAACAUACCCUCUGCAGACUGUUCAGGCCAUACUGAGGUUUGGACAGUACAAAGCGGAAGGGAAGAGUGGGCUGCUGGGAAGUCUGCGGAAUACGGUGUACCUGCUGAUGGACCGAAUCAGGAGGCACGGGGUGCUGGGUCUGUAUAAAGGCCUGGAGGCGAAGCUCCUGCAGACGGUUCUGACCGCGGCGCUGAUGUUCGUGGUGUACGAGAAAAUCACCACCGCCACCUUCAGGGUCAUGGGCCUGAACCGCAAACUGAAACACUGAGGCCCCGACCGGGCCUUACCGGAUCAGCACCGCCACCGAGCCCGGGGCCGUUUCUGUUCUACCUCCUGUCUGACACACACACACACACACACACACACACACAUACACUCUUAAUCUUCCUGAAAAUUGUUUUGUUACUUCCUGUUAUAGAUGGAGUCUGGAGUUUCAGUAUGGUGGGGGGGGGGGUGUCUCUGGCAUUACUUUUUUUCUUUGGUGCUGAACCCUAACUGCGCCCCCUCCCCCCAUAUGUUUUUGGAUCAUGGGCAAGAAUUGUAAAAAUGUUAAACAAACAUAGUGUUAUGACUAUGGAACUGUUUUCAGAGGCCAUAUAGGACUUCUGAGGUGGGGAAUUUUUUUCCAGUGGCACUGAGUCUCAUUUUGACUUGCUUCCUGUGAAAUGACCCGCAGAUUAUCACACACAAACUGCUUUCUCCCUCAUGCCUUACUUUACCCUUCCCACCAAAGGUGCUUGCAUAUCUCAUUGGCCCACAUGCGUCACAUGGGUCACCUAGAGCAGUCAGGGGAGACUGCAGAGUGUGUGACUGCAACCGUGAUCUUUAGGAGAGAGGGGAAAUUGUGGAUCAUACACAUUCAAACCAUAAAGCACCUGGAGCUCUGGUAUUCAAACUCUUUCCUGGGGACCCCCUGUGUAGGCUGGUUUUUGUUCCAGCCACAGCAGAUUUAACAAGCUGUUAGUUUUUCUUUGGUGCACAAUGCGAAAAUGGGACUUUUAUUCUUCAUGGACCGCAUAGCCAUUUCUGACAAUGUAGCUUAAGAAGGUCAAUAAUCCCUCUAAACAUGAAAAGCGCCUAAAUAGGAAAAAUUGACAGCUUGCUAAAAUUCUAGGAUUGCCGUUGUGGCUGGAACGAAAACCAGCGUUUGAAUACCAGUGACCUAGAGUCUGGCUAUGGCCUCUUUAUAUCCGCUCGUAUACAGGACCAUGGAAAAAUCAUACAGAUAGCACUUGUGUACAGGACUGCGAGUCAAAUAUACAAAUCUAAUCCCCGUAUGAAACCCCAUUCCUCCCAUCACUGAGGUCUUAAUGUAAACUCGUCCACUGGCGGAUGUGUCUUAAUGUCUGACUGUCACGCUAUCCGCUGACUGGCAGGCACUCCCUCAGAACUCCCUUUUCACCAUGCAUGGGGCCUUCCCCGGCAACUUUACCGGAACUUCACCGUUUAGUGGCCACGUGUGGGUGGGACCUGGAAUUGGCAUUCUGGGAAAGUUGCUGGCUCAAGACCAGCUAAUACUUACGGGCAUGUUUAGUCUGUUGUGUAGCUUUUUGAAAGUUUCUGAAGUUCCUAUUGGUGUGGGUGCACACUGAAAUAUGGCAGGAUGUUAGCCGUUAUGAUUCCCUCGUUCCGUGUUCGAUGUUUGAAAAUGGCUAGAAUGAUCUGAAGCAUUGUGUACGCUAAAGGACUUCAUGAAUAUCUGCCUCACUGAAGUGAGUGGAUGGCAAGCCAGAAGCACUGUGAUCAUAACCUUAUUACGUAACAUAGUACUUUUACAGAACUGAUUAUGAGCAAGUAACUGUGAAUCAAACUGUCAAUAUAAUGCUAACACGAUGGCAAGUAAUGCUCCAUCAUAGGUAUUACUAUGAACUAGCCAGAUGGAUCUCAUCAGUUCCUUUAACAGUUUCCUUUAACUACAAGAAGUUUUGGUUAGUAGCAGGAUUUUCUGGUGCCGUGUUUGCUUAUGAAAUGGUGUCUAAAUUGUAACAUUUUGGCUCGAACAGAAGGGCAACGGUACUUUCAUGUUAAGAACACAGAGCUGACCAUCUGGUUAGUCUAUAGUAAUACAGAGCUCCAUAUCCUUCUGGGGAAUUUUUAUUCAGGAAGUGGAACAUAAAAUUAGAUGUAUUUAUGAAAUAGAUUUUACAUUUUGAUGAGUUUCAGUAGCGUCUCAAGGUGUUGAGUUCUGUAGCUCUCUCAUGAGGUCUGUGUGUAUGAGAGUAAGCUCAGAGUCUCCCUUCCAUAAACCAUAUUUAUGAUUUACUGUACUGUACAAGCCUACUCCAUAGCACGUUCUGCAGUUCACCACUGCAGCACAUUGUAUUACACACUGAGGACUAGGAUCAGUCUCCAAGCCUGUUAUACACAGUGCAGACUGAGCCCAGUCUCAGAGCCUGUUAUAUACACUGCAGACUGGGAUCAGAAACUGUGUUCUGGCAGUUUCAGGCAUAAAGCUAAUGCAAUACUGAACUUGAAUUAAUCUUAAAAUGGCAUUUUGUAUCUUUUAAAAAAAUAAUUUUGUUGUAAUUUGUACUAAAUUAACUGAAUGUACUGUUUUUUUUUUUUUUUGUUAUGGAAUCAGCCUACUGUUAGGAGAAAUAAAAGGGUCACAGUUUGGGAAGGUG